AUGUCAAGCACCGAGCGUCGCGAUAUAUCCGGCUCGAAACCGCAACAAAAGAAUGCGGAUAUUGAGAUAAACGAAAUCGGUGUUUCCACGCCCCAAAGCCCCGAUGUCCAUAAUUCCGAGAAACACCCUGAACAAACGGGCAUCCGUGAAGGCCGCAAUGUCGCACUUGGCAAGGUAGAAGCUUUCAACAAGGUCCUGAACCAGUCCGGACGAUCAGGAAAGGUCCUCCGCGGGAUCAUUGUCGUCUCCAUCGGCCUGACCAUGUUCGCCUAUGCUCUGGGCCAAGGCAUCACUCCCCAGUUCGAUGUCAUGGCGACCUCGUCUUUCGGUAAGCACGCACAGAUUGGAGCGGUCAACACGGCUAGUCAGAUCAUAAAUGCAGUUUCGAAGCCUUUCAUCGGUAAAAUGGCAGAUAUCACCUCUCGACCGACGUCGUAUUUGGUUGUGCUCCUGGCAUAUGCGGUGGGAUUUGCCAUCGCCGCUAGCUGCACCAACCUUGCAGCCUAUGUUGUUGGUAGUUGCUUGACUUCAUUUGGAAGGUCGGGACUUGAUCUGCUCAGCGAAGUCGUUAUCGGGGAUUUGACAACCCUUCAAUGGCGUGGAUUUUGGUCCGGAAUGCUGCUGUCUCCGUUCUUGGUGACCACCUUUAUUGAUGGCUUUAUCUCCGAUUCGUUUAUCCCGGACAAGUGGCGUUGGGGUCUCGGAAUGUUUGCUAUUAUGGUUCCGGUUCUUCUCUUCCCAGCCAUUUUGACAUUAUACGGUCUGCAGCACAAGGCCAUCAAAGCCGGCAUGGCAACAACGAGCGAUGGAGCGAAAUGGGCUUGGGAUGUUUCCGGUUUCACGCAUCAAGCGUGGGAUGCAAUUGUGGAAAUUGACCUAGCAGGUCUCAUACUACUGGGAUUUGCUUUCUCCCUGAUUCUUCUCCCAUUCACACUCGCCAAGUCGGCUCAGCACGGCUGGGCCAACCAUAGCAUGAUUGCCAUGGAAGUGGUAGGGUGGUUUCUGUUAAUCGUAUGGAUUCUAUUCGAGGCGUUCAUCGCCCCACGACCCAUCAUGACAAAACGCAUCAUCAAAAAUCGAGCGUUCCUCGCUGCAUUAUUCACCAGCUUCUUCACGCAAGUGGCAACUGCCGCCGGAAAGACCUACUAUUCUUCUUACCUAUAUAUCAUCAAAAACUGGUCCAAUUACGUCUGGACGGUAUUCCUGGCCAUCAUGACACUCACACUCUGCAUUUUCAGUCCCAUAGCCGGUCUGCUACAAGCCAAGUUCCACCGUUACAAAGGUUUCAUGGUCUUUGGAUCACUGGUCAAGCUCGUCGGCCACGCUAUGUGCAUUGGCAGUCAUAACAGGAGCACACAGAGCACCGCCGUCCUGGCCGUCGCACAUAUCCUCAUAGGAGGAAGCGCGUUUGUUGUGAUUGGUGCACGAGUUGGUUCGCAGGCUUCCGUGCCUCACCAAGACAUGGCAUCUGUUAUUGCUGCGUUUUCCCUCUGGAGUUUCUUAGGUAGUUCUGUAGGAGAUGCUAUUGCUUCUGGUAUUUGGACUGGGAAGAUGCUGGAUUACAUGCGUGAGGAAUGUCCGCCGGGGACAUCGGAGACAACACUGAAGGAGAUCUAUGGGUCGAUUAAGACUCUUCGAACCGACUACGACUGGAACGAUCCGAUUCGAAUGGGUGCUAUUAGGGCGUAUACGCGUACUAAUGGGAUUAUCUUUAUCACUGCUACGGUUCUGGCUGCGUUGCCUGUGGUUUUCUCUUUGUGCAUGCCGAACUACUACUUGGGCAAGCAGCAAAAUGCAGUGACCAAUACUGGUCUCGACGGCCAAGUGAUCGGCGUCCCUGAUCGCGAUCAUGGCAGCGAACGCAAGCCAGGCUUGUGGAACGCUAUCAAGCGUGCAUAUUACAAGUAG